UACCGCCGUUUAAGUAACUAACUGACCCCUCGUGGCCAAAUGAGAGACGUACGCCAACUGUCACGUGAGACUGCAGUAACGUGACUUUCCCAAACGGGAAGUGGUAGAACAUACCGAGAACUUGUGAUAAACACGUCUGGGUUUGUCCCGGUCAACAGUUAGCAGCGGUGUGUACGGGGCUGGACAGCCUGAAACACUGCAGGUUGGAGUCCAGCGGACUUAAGAGGCAGGCAGUUAUGGGCUCCAUGUUUCGCAGUGAGGAGGUGUGCCUGGUGCAGCUCUUCCUUCAGUCUGGCUCGGCCUACAAUUGUGUCAGUGAGCUGGGAGAACUGGGCCUAGUUGAAUUCAGAGAUUUAAAUCCGAAUGUGAACGCCUUUCAAAGAAAGUUUGUCAGCGAGGUCAGACGAUGCGAGGAACUUGAGAAAACUUUUAGCUUCCUGGAGCAGGAGAUCAAGCGCUCCCUGUGUCCACCCUUGCAGUUUCCCCUCCCUCCUCCGUGCCCAAUGCCUUUGGCUCCUCAGCCCCGCGAACUCAUCACCAUAGAAGAGGAGUGUGAGAGGCUUGCCAGAGAGCUCAAAGAGGUGUCCAGGAACAGAGACAGCCUCCGGGCUCAGCUGACCCAGCUCUCUCAGUACCAAGGAGUCCUGACCAGGACGCACUCUCUCACAGCCUCACUGGCACCACCACCUGUACUGGAAACCCAAGGCCUGUUUGAUAACCGCCAAGAUGUCCACCUGAGUUUUGUAGCAGGAGUGGUCCAUCCUUGGAAGGUCCCCUCAUUUGAACGGUUGUUAUGGCGGGCAUGUCGCGGUUAUAUCAUCGUGGAUUUCAGAGAAAUGGAGGAUCGACUGGAGCACCCGGACACGGGGGAAAUGGUGCAAUGGACGGUGUUCCUCAUCUCCUAUUGGGGAGAUCAGAUCGGACAGAAAGUGAAGAAGAUAUGCGAUUGCUUCCGCACACAGACAUUUGCAUACCCUGAGAACACUGCUGAGAGAGAGGAGAUGCUCCAGGGACUUCAAGGAAGAAUUGAAGAUAUCAAAUCAGUGUUGUCGCAGACAGAGUCCUUCCUGCAGCAGCUGCUGAUGCGGGCGGUGGCUGUGUUGCCCCAGUGGAAGGUGCGUGUGCAGAAGUGUAAGGCGGUCGAGAUGGUGCUGAAUCUCUGCAGCCCCUCAGUCACAGACAAAUGCCUGAUCGCUGAGGCCUGGUGUCCCAUUGCCAAGCUGCCUGAACUGCAGAGCGCUCUGAGAGAGGGAGGGAGAAAGAGUGGCAGUGGAGUUGACUCUUUCUACAACCGCCUGCCUUCCUCAGCCACUCCACCGACCCUGUUUCCCAUCAACUCUUUCACAGCUGGCUUCCAGAACAUUGUUGAUGCCUACGGAGUGGCCAGCUACCGUGAAGUCAAUCCAGCGGUGUACACCAUAAUUACGUUCCCCUUCCUGUUUGCUGUGAUGUUUGGGGAUGUGGGUCAUGGUCUACUGAUGACUCUGGGUGCCCUCUGGAUGGUCCUUGAGGAGAAAGACCCCAAACUCAGGAACAACAGCAAUGAGAUCUGGAGGAUGAUGUUUGGAGGAAGGUAUCUGAUUCUGCUGAUGGGCCUGUUCUCUAUCUACACGGGGGCCAUUUACAACGAGUGCUUCAGCAGAGGCCUCAGUACCUUCAACUCAGCGUGGCACGUUGGCCCGAUGUUCGAGAACAACAUCUGGAAUGCAUCAGUCCUGGCAGGGAACCAGUACUUGUCGAUGGAUCCUGUUGUGUCUGGUGUUUUCACCACCCCCUAUCCAUUUGGCAUUGACCCGGUCUGGGGGCUCUCCAACAACAAACUAACUUUCCUUAACUCGUACAAGAUGAAGAUGUCGGUCAUCAUCGGGGUCAUUCACAUGACUUUUGGAGUCUGCUUGUCAUUCUUCAACUACUGGCACUCUGGUCAGAUGAGCAGUGUGUUCUUUGUGCUGAUCCCUGAGCUGUUCUUCAUGGUGUGUCUGUUUGGCUACCUGGUGUUCAUGGUGGUCUUCAAGUGGAUUGCUUACACUCCCGCCAAUUCCAAAAUCGCUCCCAGUAUACUUAUCCACUUCAUAGACAUGUUCCUCUUCACAGACAACCCUGAGAACCCAAACCUCUAUGAAGGACAGAUUUUGGUGCAGAAGAUCCUGGUGGUGCUGGCUCUGUGUUCUGUCCCGGUCCUCUUGUUAGGGAAGCCCACGUAUGAAUACAUCACAUUCAAGAGAAGACGACGUCAAGUAAACGAAGACAGACGUCCACUGAUGGCCGAUGAAGGCUCCAUUAACACUCGUCAGGGGGAGGUGGAGGGAGGAGCUGUUGAAGAGGAGGAGUUUGAUGCUGCAGACGUGUUCAUGCAUCAGGCCAUCCACACCAUAGAGUACUGCUUGGGCUGCAUCUCCAACACCGCCUCUUACCUCCGACUCUGGGCUCUCAGCUUGGCACACGCACAGCUGUCAGAGGUGCUGUGGGUGAUGGUGAUGCGUAUUGCCCUGAAGUGGGAGGGCUAUGUGGGAUCUAUAGUCCUCUUUGUGGUUUUUGCCUUCUUUGCUGUGUUGACUGUCUCCAUCCUGCUGGUUAUGGAGGGACUCUCGGCUUUUCUGCACGCGCUCCGUCUGCACUGGGUGGAGUUUCAGAACAAGUUCUACACUGGAACCGGCUACAAGCUGAGCCCUUUCUCUUUCUCAUCUCUCAUCAGUGGAUCAGCUGCAGUAUGAUCGGCCAAAUGACUACUUAGGAUUGCUAAACGGUUAUGUUAACUUAUGUAUAUUAUUGAUUACAUGGACUACAACUACACACAUCAGAAUAACAUUUUCUCCCUGUCUAUUGCCUGUAGGCUCUGAAAUGGUUUAAUUGACUUGCACAAUGAUCACAAUGGUAAAGACUUAUUUUUGCAUUUUUUAAUAAGUCCCUAUAAAAUGAUUGACAAUUGCAUUAUAUGAAAUUACUUUUUUAUCCCCUUGCUAAUUUCUUUAUGCUAUCAGUGUUAUGUACUUGCUAAUUGUAAUGUAAUUACUCUUUCAGUUGCUCAAAAAAUAGUAAUCACUUACUUUUCAAUGUAUGAAUACGUAUUGUAAACAUCAAUUAUGAAAAGGGAAAGCAAAACAUUAAUGAAUCUGUUCUGCAGUUUAAGGGAAGGUUUGAUUGUUGAAUUGGUUUAGUGUGCUGUGAUAAACCAGCCCUGUAGCGUUCUUCAAAUGAUGGCAGGGAAUUAUCUGAAUGAUUUUUAUGAGCCAAAGAUACUUUUCCCUCAUUGUCAUAUCUUCCGAGCAAAACAGGUAUUUAUUGGUAGUAAAAGUUUUUUCAGGUGCCUUACUGAGAGUGUUUGUUUAUCCAUGAAGUGUUUUUGACAGAUUACAACCUCCAAUAUCACGCCACUUUUUUGAACAAAACUCUGCACAGACAUUUCCUUUUUCUUUCUUUCUCUGCCGGAUUGCACUGUAAAAUUUGAACUGAAAUUAAAUACGAUUUUCUUGUUUU